UUGGUGCGGGUGUCUCCUUUGUUUAGACUGAAUUCUAGUGAAAAUAAGAAUCCAAAAGAAAUAAUGCCUAGUGCCUCCUUUUCCUCUUCGCGUUCUUACGUCCGUAGAUCGCGAAGAAAAGGUGGUCAUCGGAUACCGUUGCCUUCCAGGACACAAUCGAGUGAGCCAUGUGAAUCGGUGCCGUGUCCGAAUAACGUGACGGGGAGCGCUAUGGCAGCUACAGCAUGUGCAGGUCCGAGCGGCAGCGGUGGGGGCGGAUCCCCGCCUGUCCCCGCGGCCGCAGCCGCCACCACAGCCGGUCAUCACAGCCCAUAUGACUUGCGUAGGAAGUCACCACCCGCUUACCAUGAACCGGGACCCUCGGGUACCUGCUCUCUACCAGCAAGGAAAAGGCCCAGGACGUCGCUGUCCCAGGGUGUGGAUGUGUGUAACGUGUCCCAGUACCUUCAGUAUGAGCUGCCCGAUGAGGUGUUGCUCUGCAUCCUCUCACACCUGACAGAGAGGGACCUCUGCCGCGUAGCUCAGGUCUGCAAGCGGUUCAACACAAUCGCCAAUGAUACAGAGCUGUGGAAAAGUUUAUAUCAGUCGGUGUUUGAAUAUGACACUCCUCUGAUGCACCCUGCUCCGUGCCAGUUUGAGUUUGUGGCCGCAGAUGACUGUGAGGCCGAUAACCCCUGGAAGGAGAGCUUCAGACAGCUGUACUAUGGGAUACAUGUAAGACCCAACUAUCGCCCCAAAAAGGACUCUAGGAUCAAACACUUUAACACUAUCAGGGCGGCCCUAGAGUACGUUGAGGAGCGCGGCGGAUCUCCGUCGGCCAGCGCUUGUUCGUGCUCGUGCGGAACUUCCGCGUGCUCGUGCCGGCGCACGCCCUCCGCCCCCGCCGCCGCAGCCCCCGCGCCCGCCCUUCUGUUCGUGCACGCCGGCCUCUACCAAGAGGAGUGCCUCGCUAUUGACACGGACGUUCAGCUCAUUGGUUGUGCCCCCGGUAACGUAGCCGAGUCCGUGGUUUUGGAGCGCGAGGCGGAGUCAACGCUGACGUUCGCCGAGGGCGCUAACAGGUCGUAUGCUGGUCACAUGACGCUCAAGUUCUCACCGGACGCGACCAGCACCAUGCAGCAUCACAAGCACUACUGUUUAGAAGUGUCCGACAACUGCUCGCCCACAGUCGACCACUGUAUCAUACGGAGCGCUAGUGUCGUGGGUGCGGCCGUGUGCGUGAGUGGAGCUGGUGCGAAUCCGGUCAUAAAGCACUGCGACAUCAGCGACUGCGAGAACGUAGGGUUGUACGUAACGGAUUACGCGCAGGGAGCGUACCAAGACAAUGAGAUAUCGAGGAACGCCCUCGCCGGUAUAUGGGUGAAGAAUUUUGCCAACCCUAUCAUGCGUCGCAACCACAUACACCACGGUCGGGACGUCGGUAUAUUCACCUUUGAGAAUGGAUUGGUUAGUAUUUAUCAACUUGUUGAAAUAACUUAG